CUUUUCCUCUCUGUUCUCUCGUUUCAGGACGAGGGCAGGGGAGGGCCAUGGCGCCCCCUUUGGACCCCCUGCGGGGCCUCGUGAGCGAGCUCGUGCGCAUGAAGCGGGAUGCGGGCUCCGAGGACGAGCCCGAGGCCGAGGAGGCGGAGGUCGAAGGGACCCCCGCGGCCGCCGUCAAGGAGACGGUCAAGUCGGCCGCCAAAUCGGUCGGCAACAAGAUCAAGGAGGCCCUCACCACCGCCGCUUCAGCAGCGGCCGGGGAGGGUAAGGAGACCACCGCCGGAUCGGAAGAUGAGACGACAGCAUCGCCCACGAAGGGGGAGGCCGCCGUCAUGGUCAACAAAAUAGCAGAAGAGAUGGGCGUCCCAACGUGGGGGCUCGUAGCCAUCGCCAUCGCUGUCCUGGUCGUUCUUGGAAUCUGCGGGUGCUGCAUAAGGCGCUGUUUCCGGAAGAGGCGAUCCAAAGAUGGGAAGAAGGGGCUGAAAGGAGCCGUGGACUUGAAAUCGGUGCAGUUACUAGGAUCUGCCUACAAAGAGAAGGUGCAACCCGACAUGGAGGAACUGACGGAGAACGCCGACGAAGGGGCCGACGAGGUUGAGAGCAAGCACAGCGAAGUGAAACUUGGCAAGCUUCAGUUCAAGCUGGAGUACGAUUUCAACUCGAACAGCUUAUCGGUAACAGUGAUACAAGCAGAGGAGCUUCCCGCCUUGGACAUGGGUGGCACAUCAGAUCCUUAUGUCAAAGUCUAUCUACUUCCUGAUAAGAAAAAGAAGUUCGAGACGAAAGUUCACCGCAAAACACUGAAUCCCGUUUUCAAUGAAACGUUUAUCUUUAAGCAAGUACCAUACGCUGACGCCAUGAACAAGACCCUAGUCUUCGCUAUUUUCGACUUCGAUCGCUUCUCAAAACAUGACCAGAUUGGAGAAGUCAAGGUGCCUCUCUGCCAAGUGGACCUUGCGCAGACUAUCGAGGAGUGGCGGGAGCUGCAGGGUGUCGAGGGCGAGGGAGGUCAGGACAACAAGCUGGGAGACAUCUGCUUCUCGCUCCGCUACGUACCCACUGCUGGCAAACUCACUGUCGUCAUUCUGGAAGCCAAGAACCUCAAGAAAAUGGACGUGGGUGGACUAUCAGAUCCUUAUGUGAAGAUCGCGCUCAUGCAGAAUGGAAAACGCCUUAAAAAGAAGAAGACGAGUAUCAAGAAAUGUACGCUCAACCCAUACUACAACGAGUCGUUCACCUUCGAAGUUCCAUUUGAACAGAUACAGAAAGUGCAGCUGGUGGUGACCGUCGUGGACUACGAUCGUAUCGGUACCUCUGAACCCAUUGGCAAGGCAGUCCUAGGCUACAAUGCGUCGGGCACAGAGCUUCGCCACUGGACGGACAUGCUUGCAUCUCCUCGCAGACCGAUUGCGCAGUGGCACACGCUCAAGGACCCAGAGGAUGGCGACAAGAAGGACUAAAUAUAAAAUAUAGUGGCUUAAAGCAAAAGCAACUUACGCCAGCCACCGACCGCCCCUAUUUCCUUCCGCUGGGUGUACACGAGCUUUAUUGAUCCGGCUCAGCCUUACACUUCGGCUUUGGGAAACAUCUCGGCCCUCGAAGUGUUUACUUAAAAUCAAGUUCGUGUUUAAGCUUUAAAUCGAGGGCAAUUCUUCAUUACUUCUCAAAAAUUUUUCAUUUCUAAAUUUUGCCAUCAGUCCAUAUUGCGUGUGUACUUCAUUCCAAUGUUAAACGUGUCGUAUUCGAAAUACAUUCUGUCGUAGAUAUUUUACCAUUAUCAGUAUUGUUUGGACAUCUCCAUGAUAUGUCGAGCCAACAAUGAAUUGUUACUGUCCUUUGCUUAAAUGGACUAUUAUCUAUCUCAUUUGACUGUUGAACUGGGAGGAUUAGGAUUGGCUCAGCAAUUGCGGAUGGCCGGAUUCAGAUGUGUAAGCCUUGAAGUACCAUAAAAUUAAUUUGUUAUUGUAAAAAGUAUAAAAUGGGCUGAAUUCACUUUGGCUCUUAAAAUUAUUGACCACUUCACGCACCUUUCACCCAAAAUAGAACUUUGUUUCGUUCUUUGCCACAUUAUGGUCCUCCCUGACAGUGAUGAAAUGUUGUUCAUUGUUUAACAACUUACUGAAUUUAUGGUCAAUCCACCGGAAUCUAUCUUAUUCUGUUCACGAGCAAACAUUCACGUUUGUUAUCAGAGCCAAGAUGAAUUCAGCCCAAAAUUUGACGCACUAAAGCAAAUCUAUAACAUUGUUUAAUUUUGUUGUUGAACUUAAAGAUGUGUUUAUUCCAAAAAGAGCUCCUCUCGUCAUAUAAUUCAUAUCAUAUUUUAAAGAAAUAUUGUGAUUUCUUACUGAGGAGGCACCACGAUCACUUAAUAGAGUAGAUAAACGUAAUAGAACAUCAACGAAUGCUAUUUUUAAGAAAAUGCUUGACAAUAUAGUUAAGGGCGGUCUUUGCUACCCGAUUAGCCGUUGACUGUCUAAUUGUAUUUACCAUACAACCAAUUUCACUCGUUUCAUUCUCGUCAGAGUAACCAGUUAUACUUGUGAUGGUCACGAAUUCACAUUCUUUGUAAAUUACUUCCAGUGAAACUGCCUACUCGUGUAUCUCGUUCAUGCAGGUUUUGGACAGGUUCGCUAUUUGGAUGCGACAAAAAUAGACAAUAGCUUAGAUGUUAGAGAAUGUAAACGGCACUGGAGGUGAGGAGAGUGAGAUGUGUGAUUGUGUGAGAAAGAGCGAGAGUGCAUGAGAGUUCUUGGCAGUUAUUCUUCUUGUAAAGUAUUGACUGUCAGGGAUCAUAAUUCUUCCUCGUAACUAUUAACAAGAGGUUAUCAGCGCCAAUAGAGCGAUGAUGACAAUGUGUAAAUAUAGCUUGAAGAUCAGAUGUACAAUGUACACUCUUUUAAAGAGUGGCUGUUUCGUUGGCACUCCAUAGACUGCUUUUUGACGGUGGCACGAAUACACAUUUUUCGUUUACCCCUUUAUCUGUCAUCUUUUUGCAAACCAGAAGAUGUCUUUUCAAGGGAUAACUUUUAUUGCGAGGUGUACCGCAAUUAUGUACACACUAGCGCAAAUAUUGUGCAUUGUCUCCUCAAAGGCCAAAAAUAUAAAAGAGUCAGCGCGCAGGGUGUGCUCCUUAUUUCUCUUUAACUUUCAAAACUUGUACAAAUACUAUAAUUUGUUAAAAUGUGGCUUUCGUUGAGUUAAAAGUGUUAAUAAUUUACUUAAAACAUGUGUAACUUAAAAUCAUUGUCAUGAAAGCCUUGUGAAUUGUCAGGGAAUGCUCUUUAACGGCAACGAGACUGUCCCGUAGCCUCGUCCUAGCACACGACUUCGUUAUGUAAUGCAGACAUCGCUUAAUGAUACGUUCAUGUUUAUAUUUUUUUGUGGAAUUAUGUCAGAUAUCUAGAUUUAUUCUCAACUACGUUAUGGAAAAGUUUAGCCCCAUGAAAUUAUUUCCUCUUUGUUAAUAACAUUUAAUUAAUGUCCGUGUAGAAUCAAUUGUAUAAGGAGUUAGUUGCACUCUUGAAAUUUAAGUAAAGCAACUGCCGCCGGUACUACAGUACUCAUAAAUACACUUAAAACACUCCAAGUUCUUUUUCUUGUGAAAUGAGAAGGAACUUCCAUUAAAACAGCUAGUCAAAUAAAUUUGGUAUGGCUCUUGACAUUACUGGUUCGUUUAAUUAAACGUAUUUUGCUCUUUUACGACGGCGAAUCCACUUUAAGAAUAAAUGAAAUGUUAUUUCAAGUGGAAAGGGGGUAUGCAUUAGCUCACUGAAAAAUGAAGAGAGGUUUAAACGGUUAAUCCUGAUUUUGUGUCCUCUUCGUGCUAAACGAAACUCCUGCUAUCUGCCAAUAAUUAUCACGCUCGCUGAUCACCUCUGUCCCUUGUAAUGGGCAGAAGAGAACAGAUUGCAAACAAUGUAUGUGUGCUUAGGUUCAUGGUUAAUUUUGUUUUGUUUUGUGAAUCCGCCUUAUAGCAAAUUUUCUUUAUCUUUUUCUGAUUAACUCAAGAUUAUAUUGUAUAUAAUAUAGAUAUAUGCAUGAAUUGUAUAAAAAAUUAAUGGUGAACAUAUUAGACUAGAUAUGUAAGUGGGUGACAACUAGCGUGUGACGUUGUGUUUGUUGGUAAAUCACAAAAGGCAUUAGAGUUCUGCAUAAUCUUAUUGGUUUAAAAUAAUUUUUGUUAUUUGGAGAUCAAUACUAUUAUUCUUGAAGUAGAUUUGUGAUUGAAAAUGUGAACACGUUACAGGAAUAAACUGACUCCAUACUUGUA